AUGGCGGCGUCGUGGAGCUGUGUCGCCCUAUCGCUGCUUCUCAGUCGACUUGUAUCUGGAGGAUUCGUCACCAGCUGUGGCGGGAAGCUCACCGAGCCCCGUGGCUACAUCCAGACGCCCAACUUCCCAAACCGGUUUCCGAUCCCGAUUUCGUGCGAGUGGGUGAUCCACGCUCCCCCCGACAACAAGAUCGUCAUCUACUUCACGCAGUUUUACGUGAAAAAGUCGUUCACGAUGUCUGAGUACGACUAUUUCGAGUCGUCGACGACGUUCAAGGGGAAGAACAUCUUGGGCGAGGUGCACUUCGAGGACGCGCUGACGUCGAUGACGGCGUACAAACCGUACGUGGUGGUGGAGUUCAAGGUGCGGGACCACAACAACCUGCACCUGCGGGUGGAGGAGUACCUCCAAGACGUGUACGGCUUCAACAUCACCUACGAAACCCUCCCCCUGACUGUCGCGCGCCGACACUCGUGUUCCGUCGACCAGUGUUCGUACCUCGGCAACUGCGUGGCCAACCACGAUUACUCGGAGUACAGGUGCGAGUGUUUUGCCAACUACUCCGGCACCGAGUGUCAGUACGGACCCUACUGCAACCCGACCAUGGGGCUCAACCAGUGUGAGAACAACGGCCAAUGUCGCUACUUCUACGGCUCCAUGGUCAACACGUGCGUGUGUCUUCCGGGCUACGACGGCGUCAAGUGCCAGAUCAAGAAGAAACGACAUUUUCACUCAGUGGAGGUGAAAUCUUUAAUGUGUCUUUCAUUGCUGCCCAAGUGCGUCGCCGGAUGCAGUGACCGCUAUGAACGGACUAACAGCGGAGUUUCUACUGCUUCUGCGGUUUUGGUUUCCGCUUUCACGUGUGCUAUGCUUCAUGCGACAUACCGCGUGGACUUCUUAAUGAGACUUCACAACGACUCGUCCUCUCAGAUGCUCGAAAACCCGGACAAGAAUCCAGGACCAGUUCGCUUCAUCACCUCCAAGUUUAUAAGACAUUUCAUCAGAGCCAAUUUUACUACCGUCACAGAUGCUAACUUUGAUGGAAUAAGGCUGAUAAACGACAGACGGAUGUUGUGUUUCCACCUCUUGAUGGACGACAGCGAGCUGGACAAACUGCGCAGACAGCUGCACGACCUUGUCUUCCACGCAUCCACGCUACUGCAGCACGACCUCGCCAACUUCUUCGGUAUCUACAUCUACCUGAACCAGACCGAGGUCUCUUUCUACCCAGAUGCCAAGCUGUUGUACGUGGACACGUUUGACCAGCAGCCGGCGCUAGAGGGCGCUCUGCUGACCAUCAACUGUGCGGCGAAGGGUUCUCAGGCAAUGGUGUUCCGCUGGUACAAGGACGGCUCGCUGCUGGACACGUCGCUGAGUAACCGCAACGCCUGGCAGAUCCACAUCCCAACGACGAUCGACGGCAAGCAAACCAACGUGCUCAACAUUGACGGGGUCACCUUCUACGACAAGGGUAAAUUCACGUGCGAGAUCACCGACUUUAACCGAUCUCAGACGGACUCCGUGGUCAUUGACGUGGUCACGUACCCGCUGCUGGACCUGCGCCCUCUCAGCCAGAGCGUGGUGAAGGGCGAGUCCCUCAGCUUCCGCUGCCUGUCAUCAGACGACACGCAGGGCACGUUCGACUACAACUGGCUCAAGGACGGUGUGCCGCUGUCGGCCGCGCACCACGAGGUCGUUGAGAAGGUGCAGCCGACAGGGGAACGUCUGCUCAUCAAGACCGCCACGCGCAGCACGAGCUACACGUGCGUGAUCACCAACACGGCAGGCUCAUCCAGGAAAACGGCGUACGUCUUCGUAGCUGACGAAAACACCACCACUGCGUACUGCCCUGAACAGAUCAUACAGGGCACCACCUGGGCUCGAACUCUCGGCGGACACUUCGACAUUCAGCACUGCCCAAUAGACACCGGAGGUUAUUCGAGAAGAAACUGCAAGUGCGUCGGUGUGGCGUGUCAGUGGCAGAAACCAAACUUCGCUAAAUGCCAGUCGGGUCUUAUUGUCCACCUGUUUGAUAAAGUAGGUAUCUCACUUAGUACAUCUGUUUGAUAAAGUAGGUAUCUCACUUUGUCCAUCUGUUUGAUAAAGUAGGUAUCUCACUUUGUACAGCUGUUUGACAAAGAACGUAUCUCACUUUGUACAGCUGUUUGAUGA